AUGCGAUCGGCGCGCGCGGCCGACGGGGGGAUGACAACAGGAGGAGCCGGGGGAGGGGGGCUGGGGGUGGGGGGAGCGGCGGGGGUGGGAGGGGGGGCGAGGACCCCGUCGCGGGUGGCGCCGCUGGCGGUGGAUGGGGGGGGCGCGGUGGGCGUGGGAGGGGGCGCGAGCGCGGCGCUGAAGCGGGCGAGUGCGGCGGAUAGGGAGGCGGCGCAGGCGACGGCGAUGGCGAUGGCGAGGUUGAUCCCGGGGCAGGAGGGGGGUGUGGCGGCGGGGCAGUACGCGCCCAUGGACAUGCUGAGGGUGCGGUGGAUCAGCCGCAGUAGGGGGUGGGCGCCCUCAGCGAUUGCCAGCUAUGUGUGCGUGAGAGGGGGGCAGGGGGCGGGGAGCGGGGAGGAGAUGGGGAGGAGCGAGGGGAGGAGAGAGGGGCGGAGAGGCGAGGGGUGGAUGGGGGAGAAGAGUGGUUAUGUGGGUGGGGGGAGGAAUGGCGCGUACCCCCCUCCGCGCGCCCCAUCCGACCUACCCCACCUGGAGCCCCUCCGCACAGUAGCAGACAGGAGCGCUGCCGCAGUGCUGCUGGGGGUGCACGUGGUGCAGCUGGAGGCAGAGGGCAGCCCCGACCUGCUGCACUUCGACACCGUCACCGGCACCGUGGACCCCGUGCUCGUGCGCAACCACAUCCGCCAUAUCACCAUCACCAAGCGCCUCAAGGCCGACCCCACGGGUGCGGCAGGAGACGGGUUACAGAGCUCCAUGAAGCGCCGCCGCCCGCUCUUCCAAUACCGCUACUACAGCGAGCAGCAGCCGCUGAGGCUGAGCGAGGGAGAGAUGGAGGAGGUGAUGGCAGCCGUGUGCUCCGUGGCGGCCACCGCAGCAGCGGGGGGCGCAGGGGGCGCGGGCGGGCACGGGUCCGCGCGCCUCUCGUCCCCCGCGCACCACAUGGUGCCACAGGUGGACCCUGCUGACGUGGCCGCGUCCGUGCUCAUCAAGAUGCUCAUUGACAUGUACCUUGUGGACCCUCGCUCUGCAGCGCCCCUCGCGCUCUCCAUGAUGCAUACACUCCUUUCCUCCAACAAACCGACCGUCCGCGUGCGGGCAUUCGACCUGAUGCUGAACCUGGGAGUGCACGCGCACCUGCUGCACCCGCUGCCAGUGGAGGACGAGGCGGGGCAGCCCUACUCCUCCGACGCCGAUGCCGCCGAGGCGGAGCGCGGGGCCGUGCGCAGGGCGGCAGCCGUGACCAUGUUUGAGGAGUGGCUGCUGGGGCUGCUCUGCGACAUGGCGCUCUACCUCGUGCAGGUGGAGGAGAGCGAUGAGAGUGUGUGGGCAGCGGCGCUCAGCUGUCUGCUCUACCUCACGUGCGACCGCGGCAGGACGGUUUUCCAUCGCCUCGCGCUGCUGGAUGUCCGGGUCCUAGCAUCGCUAUUGGAGAUCAGCAUAGUGCACGGGUGGGCGCAGGCAGUGCACACGCACCUAGUGCGCAUGCUCGCCUGCCUGCUCUACGCAGCACCGCACCACAUCGCGCAGCACCCACCAGGGCGCGCGUUUGAGGCAGCGAGGGACGGGCUGCGGCUGGACGUGAAGCAGCUGGAGCGCGUGGGGGGCAUCUCCUUCAUCUGCUGCCACUACGCAGCAUCACAGGAGGUGGAGGCGAGGCGCAACCUGUUUGCAGUGGUGAUGGACUAUGUGGCACUGCUGUGCCGCCUGCACCCGCACCCACACCACCCCGACCACCCUCCGCCCUCCGAGGCGGAGCUAGCAGCGGUGGUGGCGGCGCUGGUGGCAGCGGGGGCGCCAGAGGCGCUGGUGGUGGCGCUCAAGGCGCCCUCGCCCCCGGCAGGCCCCAUCGGCGCUGCUCUCGCGCGCACCAUCGCUGCCCCCCUCCCCCCGGACACCUCCGCUGCCGGCUUUUCCCUGCAGGCCCUGCACCUAGUGACAGACACAUUGGACGAUCUGAUCUCAGCGCACCUGCGCCUGCGCCCCGAGUUCACUGCCAUGCUGCAAUGCACCCUCGCCAGCGACGGCCCUCCUCCCGACCCUGCCCCUUCCUCCACCGCGGGGGCCAACGGUGGCGCUGGUGGUGGUGCGGACGAGGCGGAGGUGGGGAAAGAGCGGCGCGCGUGGGGCACGCUGCGGGCGCUGCUGCACUCGCAGCGGGCCGUGGACCGGCGCAACGGCCUCACAUGGCUGCUGCACCUGCUGCUGCAGCAACUGCCCAACCUCGCUCCCUACCAGCAGCCCCUGCUCGCGGACCCACAGGACGGCCAGCAGCAGCAGCAGAGGGGGCGGGCCGGGCAGCUUAUGGUUUUAUACCGGCAAUUGGCCCAGCUGGAGCAAGGGGAGGCGGGGGAGGAGGGGGGAGGCGGGGGCGGCAUGGGGAUGGGCAUGGGGGGAGGGGCAGGCGGUGGGGGGGGAGGGGGAGGGCGGAGGGCAGGCGUGUCAGGUGCGGUGCAGCUGAUGCUAGAACUAGUACGAUCAGACAACACGGCAGUGAGGCGGGGGUUCGUGACAGUGCUAGAGCAGCUGCUGCUGCUGCACGCUGCGGAAACCGAGCAGGAGUCGAGAGAAAGCCGCGGCGCGGCACACGCCGCUGCAGCUGCAGCAGCAGAAGCUCCCGAGGGGCCCAUGGGGAUGGAGGAGCGGCGGGCAGCGGACGAAGCCGCGGCAGCAGCAUCAGCAGUGCAGCACCAAGGCGCACAGGACUUACUAGCCGUAAUGAGCAGUGCACUGUGGCAAGUAAUGUCCUGUAACGACAGCGACCGAGUGAACAUCCUCCAGAUGUGCUCCGUCAUGCUCUGGCAGCUCUGCGUACCCCGCUUCCUCCCCACCGCGCAAGUCGUUGAACCGGGCAGCCCGGUCCCCAGCCCUGGAGGUAGCAGCUGGCUGGUGAACCCGCGCGUGGCAGCAGUAGCGGGAGGGGAAGGCGGCGGUGCAAUGAGCCCGCCGUAUGCGGCCGAAGAGAGUGAGUCCAUGGCUCGGCUCUUCCUGCUGCGCAGGGCAGCAGCGGCGAGGGAGCUGCUAGCAGCGCUGCCGACGGCGCUGCUGUACUGGCCGCUCAUGCAGCUGGCGCCGAGCGCCGGGGACCCCAUAGCGCUGGCGACGGCGGUGGGGAGUCACGGGAUUGUGGGUGCGGGGGGGGCGGUGGACGUGCGGGUGGCGCUGCUGCUGCUGCUCAUUGGCAAGUGCAGUGAUAGCAGUGAGGCGCUGGAGGAGGUUGGAGGGGAUGCCUUCUUCCGGUCGCUGCUCGAUGAUCCCGAUGCCCGCAUUGCCUAUUGGAGCGCUGCCUUCCUUGUCAAGCGCAUGAUGUCUCAGCAACCUGAUGUGUACCGGCGUGCGCUGCACCGCCUUAUUUUCACAGCGCAGCAGACGAACAACGAGAAGCUGCUGGAGAAUCCAUACCUGCAGAUGAGAGGCAUCUUGCAGGACACGCCAGAUGCAUUGCACCUCACUUCCUGA